AUGUCGACCAAGCCGAUCUUCGUCGCGACGCAUCCGCGUGCCUGUUCGACGGCGUUUGAGCGAGUCUUCAUGACUCAGCGCGCCACCAUCCAGUGUGUCCACGAGCCGUUCGGCGAUGCCUUUUACUACGGUCCAGAGCGUCUCUCCGACCGUUUUGAAGACGACGAACAGGCUCGUGUUGACAGUGGUUUCAGCAAGUCGACAUAUCUCACUGUGUUGGAGAGACUGGAACGUGAAGCUUCAGAGGGAAAGAGAGUCUUUAUCAAGGAUAUCGACCACUACUUGCUCCCGCCAGGUGGAAAACCCGCCAGUGUAGCCCCUUCGCUGCGUCGGAUCAAACGCGGCGUGGGCACCACGACAAACGGUGAUGAUCACGUUCCGGUCAAUGGGGUGAAUGGUGCUGUAAAUGGCACUACUCACACCAAUGGCCAUAUCGCCGUGUCCACCAACGGCGUUGCCAAUGGCACGACCAACGGCACCAACGGCACGGUGAGCAACGGGGUUACCAACGGCUUCACCAAUGGAGUCCACGAGGCCAAUGGCCACGAGACCAAUGGGCAUACCAAUGGAACCAUCAACGGGGUCUCACGUCCCCCGUACCCGUACGACACAACCACCGAGCCGGGCAACCCAACCGUCAUGCCGCGCGAGAUCCAGGAGCGAUUCCAUUUCGCCUUCCUCAUCCGUGACCCGCACUUCAGUGUGCCCUCGUACUACCGCUGCACCAUCCCACCCUUGGACGAUGUGACCGGGUUCCAUAACUAUGACCCCCGCGAGGCCGGGUAUGACGAGCUGCGGCGGCACUUUGACUACCUCGUUCGCGAGGGACUUGUCGGACCGCGAGUAGCGAGCCGCCCGGACGUUAAGGUUGAGAAUUGCGGAGCCAAGGAGACCGUUCAUGAGAUCUGUGUUAUUGAUGCAGAUGAUAUGCUGGAUGCUCCGGCGGCGACAAUUGAGGCGUUCUGCAAGAGCGUCAAUGUGCCGUAUGAUCCGUCCUUGUUGACGUGGGAUACGCAGGAGGAUUAUGACUUUGCGUGCCACUGCUUUGAGAAGUGGCGUGGGUUCCAUAAUGAUGCGAUUGAGUCAAAGGCUCUGGUUGCGAGAACUCAUAUGGAAAUGGAUGACCAGGACGAUCUCAUGCUAACAUGGGUCUCACAGAAACAUGCUCGCAAGACCGAGGAAGAGUUUGACGCCGAGUGGACCAAGAAGUAUGGUCCCGAGGCAGCCGCUCUCAUCCGCAAGGCCGUUGACGAGAACAUGGCCGACUACCUGUACCUGAAGCAGUUUGCCGUGAAGGUCUAA